AUGGCUGAGAACACAGAAAAGCACGAGAACAGUAAUUUUGGCAACGCCUACAACAUCAGUGGAGGACUUCAAGAGGCCAUAGACUACAAUGAAAGGUCUUUAAGGAUUUCCGUGGAAAUCGGAGAGAAGAAAAACGAAGGAAAAGUAUAUGAUAAUACUGGUGAGAAGAAGGCCAUAGACCACUAUGAACGAGACCUCAAAAUUGCUAAAGAAGUGGGAGAUAAGGAAGGAGAAGGAGCAGCGUACUGUAAUCUUGGCAACGCCUAUGACCGCCUUGGCGAUUUUCAAAAAGCCAUAGAUUACCAUCAACAACACCUCAAAAUUGCCAGAGAGGUAGGAGACAGGGUAGGCGAAGGAAGGGCGUACGGUAAUGUUGGUAACGCCUAUGAGAGUCUUGGAGGUUUUAAGAAAGCAAUAGAGAACCAUGAACAGCAUCUCAAAAUUGCCAGAGAGGUGGGGGACAAAGCAGGUGAAUGCAAAGCGUAUUGUAAUCUUGGCAAUGCCUAUGACAGUCUUGGAGAUUUCUGGAAAGCGAUAGAGUACCAUGAACGACACCUUGCAACUGCCAGAGAAGUAGGAGACAGAGCUGAAGAAGGACGAGCGUACGGUAAUCUGGGCAACGACUAUGACAGUCUUGAAGAUUUCCAGAAAGCGAUAGACUACCAUGAACAAGAUCUCAAAAUUGCCAGAGAGCUGAGAGACAGGGAAGGAGAAGGACGAGCCUACAAUAAUCUGGGCAACACAUAUGAAAGUCUUGGAGAUUUGCAGAAAGCCAUAGACUACUACGAACGACACCUAAAUGUUGCCAGAGAGGUGGGUGACAGGGCAGGAGAAGGAGAAGCGUACGGUAAUCUUGGCAUCAUCUAUGAUAGUCUUGGAGAAUUUCAGCAAGCAUUGGUCUACCAUGAGCAACGACUCAAAAUUGCAAGAGAAGUAGAUGACAGGGAAGAAGAGGGAAAAGCGUACUGUACUCUUGGCAACGCAUAUCGCGGCCUUGGCGAUUUUCAGAAAGCCAUAGAGUACAAUGAACGAUAUCUCCAAAUUGCCAUAGAAGAAGGGGACAAGGCAGAAGAAGGAAGAGCGUAUUGUACACUUGGCAACGCAUAUCGCGGCCUUGGCGAUUUUCAGAAAGCCAUAGAGUACUAUGAACGAUAUCUCCAAAUUGCCAUAGAAGAAGGGGACAAGGCAGAAGAAGGAAGAGCGUAUUGUUUUCUUGGCAACGCAUUUCACAGUCUACGAGAUUUCCAGAAAGCUAUAGACUACCAUGAAAGAGACCUCAAAAUUGCCAGAGAAGUGGGAGACAAGGCAGGAGAAGGAAGAGCGUGCUGUAAUCUUGGCAAUGCCUAUAACAGUAUUAAUGAUUUCCAGAAAGCCAUAGACUACCAUGAAAGAGACCUCAAAAUUUCCAGAAAAAUCGGAGACAGGGCUGGAGAAGGAGAAGCGUGCGGUAAUCUUGGCUACGCCUAUGACAAUCUUGGAGAUUUUCAGAAAGCAAUUGACUAUCGUGAACGACACCUCAAAAUUUCCAGAGAAGAAGGAGACAGGGCAGGAGAAGGAAGAGCGUAUUGUAAUCUUGGCAAAGCCUAUGACGGUCUGGGAGAUUUCCAGAAAGCCAUACAUUAUCAUGAACGAGACCUCACAAUUUCCAGAGAAGUUGGAGACAGGUCAGGAGAAGGUACAGCGUAUAGUAACCUUGGCAACGCCUAUAACAGCCUUGGAGAUUUUCAGAAAGCAAUACAGUAUCAUGAACAACGCCUCGAAAUUGCCAGAGAAGUAGGAGACAAGGCAGGAGAAGGAAGAGCGUAUUGUAAUUUUGGCAACGCAUAUCACGGUCUUGGAGAUUUUCAGAAAGCCAUAGACAACCAUGAACGACAUCUCAAAAUUGCCACAGAAAUGGAAGACAAAGUACAAGAAGGAAAAGCAUACGGUAAUCUUGGCAACGCUUAUCGCGGUCUUGGAAACUUCCAUAAAGCCAUUGACUACCAUGAACGCAACCUCAUAAUUACCCGAAGAGUGGGAGACAGAGCUGGAGAAGGAAAAGUGUACGGUAAUCUGGGCAACGCCUAUCACAGUCUUGGAGAUUUCCAGAAGGCAAUAGACUACCAUAAACAACACCUAAAAAUUACCCAGGAACUGAGAGAAAGGGCAAGAGAGGGAGGAGCGUACUGUAAUCUUGGCAACACAUAUGCCAGUCUUGGAGAGGUCAGGAAAGCAAUAGACUACCAUGAACGACACCUCGAAAUUGCCAGGGAAGUAGGAGACAGAGCAGGAGAAGGUAACGCCUACGGCAAUCUUGGCAACGGCUAUCACAGUCUUGGAGAUUUUCAGAAAGCCAUAGAGUACCAUGAACGACACCUUGAAACUGCCACAGAAGUGGGAGACAGGGCAGGAGAAGGAAGAGCGUACAGUAGUCUUGGAAACGCCUAUCACAGUCUUUCAGAUUUCCAGACAGCGAUAGAUUACCAUAAACGACACCUCAAAAUUACCAGAGAAGUGGGCGACAGGGCGGGAGAAGGACAAGCGUACGGUAAUCUUGGCAAUGCCUAUGACGGUAUUGCAGAUUUCCAGAAAGCCAUAGAGUACCAUGAGCGAGACCUCAAAAUUGCCAGAGAAGUGGGAGACAAGGCGGGAGAAGGAAGAGCUUAUUGUAGUCUUGGCAACGCCUAUGACAUUCUUGGAGAUGUCCAAAAAGCCAUUCACUAUUAUGAAAACAAUGUUAAAGCGUUUGACCACAUCAGGGGUAAGCUCAUAUCUAAUGAUAAGUGGAAGAUAAGCCUACGGAGUACGUAUGAUGAUGUUCAUUCAAAACUAUGGGGGCUACUGUUAAAGCAAGGCAAAGUCGUCGAGGCACUUUUAACCGCUGAUCAAGGACGUGCACAAGCUUUGCAUGAUCUUCUGAAAUUGAAGUAUGGAUUUAAAGGGUCACGUCCAGAAAUGGAAAGACUGACUGCAACUACACCGGACAUUGUUAAUUACCUACCAUCAAAUACAGCUUUCAUAGGGCUUAACGAGGGAGAAAUAGUUUUUUGGGUCAACAAAACUGGAAAAGAAAUCAAAUCUGAAAGAAGGCAGAUAGAUUUUCCCAUCUCGACCUACUUCCAGUCUCUAUUGGAGAUUACACACGAGAAACUUGGUGUGAGAGUUAAUGUUAAUUGUGAAGACCGCUCCUUAAGAAAUUCAAGAGAUGAAGAAGUAUCAGAUCAAAGAUCCAGGAGACCAAGACCUUAUUCCUCGCUCUUAGAGACAAACCCAUUGAGAACAUUUUAUAAUGUUGUUAUAGACCCUGUUAAAGACUUACUGCAGGGCGAUGAAGUUGUGUUCGUCCCUCAAGGUCCUUUGUUCUUGGCACCUUAUGCUGCCUUCAUGGACCUGAAUUCGAAGUACCUCUGUGAAACCCUUAGAAUCCGACUGCUCCCUUCUCUUUCUAGUCUUCGACUAGUCAAAAAUUGUCCGGCAGACUGGCACAGCAAGAGUGGCGCCCUUCUUGUCGGCGAUCCGUGGGUACAGGAAGUACGUUAUAAAGGGGAAAGGCUACCGCAGUUGAAGUGGGCCGAAAAGGAAGUGCAGAUGAUUGGUGAAAUACUUCAAACAACGCCUCUCGUUGGAAAGCAGGCAACAAAGAAUGAAGUAUUAAGACGAAUCUCCUCGGUUGCCUUGGUACACAUUGCCGCUCACGGUAAAAUGGAAACAGGAGAAAUAGCCUUGGCACCAACCACAACAAGGUCAUCAUCCCUGGUUCCAGUCGAGAAGGACUAUCUCUUAACUAUGAAAGAUGUUUUAAAGGCGNGACCAAGACCUUAUUCCUCGCUCUUAGAGACAAACCCAUUGAGAACAUUUUAUAAUGUUGUUAUAGACCCUGUUAAAGACUUACUGCAGGGCGAUGAAGUUGUGUUCGUCCCUCAAGGUCCUUUGUUCUUGGCACCUUAUGCUGCCUUCAUGGACCUGAAUUCGAAGUACCUCUGUGAAACCCUUAGAAUCCGACUGCUCCCCUCUCUUUCUAGUCUUCGACUAGUCAAAAAUUGUCCGGCAGACUGGCACAGCAAGAGUGGCGCCCUUCUUGUCGGCGAUCCGUGGGUAUAGGAAGUACGUUAUAAAGGGGAAAGGCUACCGCAGUUGAAGUGGGCCGAAAAGGAAGUGCAGAUGAUUGGUGAAAUACUUCAAACAACGCCUCUCGUUGGAAAGCAGGCAACAAAGAAUGAAGUAUUAAGACGAAUCUCCUCGGUUGCCUUGGUACACAUUGCCGCUCACGGUAAAAUGGAAACAGGAGAAAUAGCCUUGGCACCAACCACAACAAGGUCAUCAUCCCUGGUUCCAGUCGAGAAGGACUAUCUCUUAACUAUGAAAGAUGUUUUAAAGGCGCAGAUUAGGGCAAGACUUGUGGUACUUAGUUGCUGUCAUAGUGCCCGGGGAGAGAUCAAUGCUGAGGGCGUGGUUGGCAUCGCACGAGCGUUUUUGGGUGCUGGUGCUCGUUCUGUUCUGGUGUCCUUGUGGGCGAUUGACGACGAGGCUACUAUGGAGUUCAUGAAAGUUUUCUACCAACAGCUAGUCAAUGGAAGAAGUGCCAGUGAGGCUCUGAAUAAAGCCAUGAAAUCCAUGAUAGAAUCUGUCCGGUUUAAUGCAGUAAAGUACUGGGCGCCGUUUGUUCUCAUUGGUGACGACGUAACGGUUGAGUUUGAGGGAACCAAAUAA